AUGGCGGACUUCAAGCCGUACAGCGAGCAGCCCGAGCUCCACGCCAAAGCACCCUACCGUGCCGCUAUGCUCACGCAACCUGCAAACCUCAAACAAGCCCUCAAAGACGCCCAGGCAGAUGCGAGCAAGACCCUCAUGGGCAUCGCGCAAGGUAUCCCAAGCACCUUCGUGACCAAGUUGAUUGCCUCCACUAAGCCGGAUUUCAUCUGGAUGGAUGUUGAGCACGGCAUGUACAACCGGUUGACGUUGCACGAUUGCAUUCACGCCGCUCAGCAUCAUUCCGAGGGUAAAUCAAUGGUCAUCUGCCGCGUACCCAAGCAUGAUGAGCUGAGUCUCACUACCGCCCUCGACGCAGGAUGCGCCGGCAUCGUCAUCCCCCAUGUGGAGAGUGCGCAAGAAGUCCGCGACUUCAUUAAGGAAAUGUACUUUGGCGGCGGCAAAGGCCAUCGUUCAUUCAGCCCCUGGACAUUCACACCAGGCUUGACGUCAUCGCUCUACCCUAACGACCCCUACAACGUUCAAACCGCCAACAACCACGUCUGCCUCAUCCCCCAGAUCGAAUCUCUGAAGGGCCUUGAGGCCUGCGAGGAAAUUGCCGCCGUUGAAGGCAUCUCUGGUCUCAUGUUUGGUCCUGGCGACUACAUGAUUGACGCUGGCAUGGACAUCCAUUCAUUCAUGAACGGAAAUCCCGAUCCGAAAUUUUUCGAAGCCAUGGGGACGUUCAAUGCUGCGGCUGCCAAGUAUGAUCUGCCUAUCUUUGGUGGUGUGAUGGGACUGGAUCAGAUACCCAUGGCUAUCCAAACUGGUAUGCGUGGUAUCGCAGUGCAAUUCGAUGUCUGGGGCACUACACGGCUCUUUGCGAGUUCUUUGGAACAGGGCUGGAAACAUGCCAAGAGCUUUGAGGGAAAUCCGAAGCCGAGUAUGGCGAACGGACAGGCGAAGCCGGCCGAGUAG